AUGAGUUUUGUUGACAACGAAGUACUGGACGACAAUACAGAAAGGGACGUUUUUGCUGUUGACUUAUCUGAGAAAACUUACGCUGCUAUCAAAUGCCAGAAAAAGCUCAAAAUUCGAGCAUGCCCGAAUGAAAUAUGCCCAGAAUUUAUCAAGCGAGGGGAGGAUGAGUAUCUCCUGAAAGAUCUCGCGACAAUAUACGAUGGAACUAUCUUGAGCUGUGGGAGAAAAGGAAUUAUUCUUCGAUUAGGAACUUGGUCAAGAGUUUCAAUCUCAAAAUACAUAACAGAAAAGUGA